CCCAUUUCAACCCCAGGACCUGCCAGUCAGCACACUUGACACUCGUACUUUGGUCUCGCCCAACUUGCAUCCGACAUCUCAGGCACAGUUUAAUCCAGGAAAGCUGUCCUGUCUUGAUUCUCGUCACUGCACCAAGAGGUACCAGCCUGCGAAAGAGCUUCUACGUGUGGUGCUCAACAAGGCUCCAUCCACGACCCUGUUGCCGUCGUCUCCAGCACGCAUCAGCGUGCUUCCCACAGUGUCAGAACCAUGCCACGCUCACAAAGUCCCUUUACGACACGAGUGCAUCAUUACAGAUCGCCACAUACGCCAUACGCCACUGCCUAUGAGAUAGGCCUCCCCGAUGCACAGAAUGCAUACGUGUUCAUCGGCGGGCUGGGGGACGGCCCGCACACAGUCCCUUACCCGCGGGCUGUUGCCAAGCAUCUGGAGAGUCUGCCUGACCUGAGCUACUCCGUGUUCGAGAUCCGGAUGAAGAGCUCCUUCGACGGCUGGGGCUGCUCCAGCCUUGUCCAUGAUGUAGAAGAGAUCUCGGCGCUCGUCAAGUAUAUCCGCGGGCUCGGCCGGCAGAAAAUUGUACUCAACGGACACUCUACUGGUUGCCAGGACAUCAUGGAGUACAACUCGCCUGUCCACAAGGGUAAGUUGACCCCUGUGGAUGGCUAUAUCCUGCAAGGACCAGUAUGUGACCGUGCAGCGCUUGCGCUCGAGAUUGGCAUUGGCAAACUGGACGAGAGUGUUGCUGCUGCCAAAUCCCUGAUUGAGAAUGGCCGAGGGCUCGAAUGCGUGCCUCGCGACCAUGUACCCGUAUUUAUGCGGAACACCCCCAUCUCGGCAGAUCGCUGGCACGCUCUCGCGGCUGUAGAUGGCGCGGACAACUACUUCGACCCCGACCUGCCGCAGGACGUUGAACAAAAGUACUGGGAGAGUGUGGAAAAGCCUGUUCUGAUCCUGCAUUCUGCAGAAGAUGAGUUUGUCCCGACGUCCUUGGAUAAAGAGGCGCUGGUGAAGCGCUGGAUGGCCUAUUGCAGUCCUGGCAUUGCCAGCGGGCUGUCAGGAACUAUCCCUGGCGCUAGCCACCGUGUCGGAGCGCCGGAAGCCGAAGAGUGGUUUGUCAAAACUGUGGCAGCCUUUCUGGGAAGCCUGGAAGUCCGCGAUAGCAAGAUGUGAGAGGUUCUGCCAUCACAGUGUCAUCCCUGGGCAAGAUUUAGCGGCAACAUCGCCAUGUUUGACUGAGAUGCGCUAGCGCAGCUUUCUACCGAGCUCAUAUCCGCCCACCCAGGGUGCUACCCUAGAUGCGCAGGGUAGUCCCCGAGCAAGCUGCCAGACUAAGCUAGACUUUGAGCGCGUCUCCCGCAUUACGUACUUUAUGAAUGGCGAGGCUGACUGCUCUGUUGCUUGUUUAAAACGGCAGCCCUUACCUAAGGAGGUAUCGAGGCCCAACCUUUGAAGUCAAUCGCUCAAUUCACAUUUGACCACGGGCUAUACCGCGGCAAGUUGAAGUCAAGACCUUGCA